UUUUCUUUAUUUUUCAAUAAAACUUACUUCAUUUAUUAAAAAAUAAACUGAAAAAAUUCAACGUUAUUGGAGAAAUUAGGAAUUUCUGGUCUUCUUGUAAAAGCAACGUCUCUGGGUCCAAUCCAAUUUCUCCGGCGAAAGGUUCAAAACUAACUCAGGCUCUGAUAAUGCUUUCAGAAAAAGAUUUAUCAAAGUGGGAUGGUACAAUAUCAGCUGAUGAAUUUCGUGAAGGAGCUCAUGCUUUUUCUGAGAAAUGGAAGAGAAUUUGUCAUACACAUAAUCAUGAUUUACCUCUUUGGUCUUGGGUUUCUUGUCUAAAUCCACCUCUCUUCACUUCCCACGAAGUAGAUGGAUAUCUGUCACUGGAGAAGAUGUGCGUUUUGAGGUCUGACAAGAUACAUGACGAGGAAGCUGGUCAUGCAGUAAUGGAAGAGCCUAAUUGCUUGGAAAACGAAGAGCGUAUUGAUCCUGCAACGCUGGUUAAGCAAGCUGCUCAGGAAGUGCAUUACUAUGACUUCCAUGCUGUGUACAGCAGCUCUUACAGGAUUCCAAUGUUAUUUUUCCGUGGUUAUAGUUCUGAUGGACAGUCGUUAAUGUUGGAUCAAAUUGAAAAAGAUCUUCCACCCAGCUCUGUUCAGGUGCUUACUGAUUCAAAGUGGACAUUCAUAACGCAGCAGGAGCACCCUUAUUUGAAUAGACCAUGGUACACACUGCAUCCAUGUGGAACAAGCGAAUUGAUGAAGUUACUCUUGAGUGACACUUCUGUUUCUGGAGAUAAAGUUACAGCAGAAUGGUAUUUGAUAUCAUGGCUCUCAGUUGUUAGCCAGGUUGUUGGUCUUAGGAUGCCUCUUCAGAUGGCAGCUCUAUAUCAGAUGUAGUUCGUCACAUUCCCUACGUCUGCCCACCCCGCACCCUCGGAGAAACGGCGUGACACUUGAGGUGCUAGAGUUUGAUUUUGUUUUUGGUGCAACAUUCUUACAUCUCUCUCCAACCUGCCCUGUUCUGUUCAUGAAUUGGCUUUCAUCUGAACCUCAGAUAGCGAAAAGAGAUUGUUAGGUUAGAAUAUUAUUGUUGGCUGGUCAUCGAUUAUCUUAAAGAGCUUUAGUUGUGAAUCAAAUCUUUGCACACCACCUCUCUAUAACCGAGUAGAGGUAUAUUUGGUGAAGCAACAUAGUUUCCCUCCAUGUUAUAUACUUCAUCUGUUUUAUAUUAGUUGACUUUCAAAGUCUCCAAUGUAUUCAUGUAAUCAUUAAUAUCUUAAUUACGUAUCAAUAGAAUUUAUGAAAAAUAGAUGUAUUAUACUUCUAGACGAA